GAGAGAGAGAGAGCACUCGACCCAGCUGGGGGAAGGGAGACUGCUGAGGUAGUGAACUGGACACUAGAGGAGGUUGUGUGGUUGUGAGGUGCAUCUCUCUCUCUCUCUCCUUUUCUCCCUCCCUCCCUCCCUCUCUCUCGGACAGGGGCAGGGGGAGGCAGGCUGGGCUGUCCAGUAAAGCUAUCCCAGGGCUCAUAAGGAAGGGAACGGAACAGAAGAGAGGCUGCUGCUGUGUGCAGCUGCUCCCAACGCAGUCCCCUCUCUUCCUCUCUUUCUUUCCAACUCUCUUUCCACUGAAAACAUGGAGUCCAACAGUCCUAAGAAGAUCCAGUUUUCUGUGCCUGUGUUUCAGAGUCAGCUGGACCCUCAGGCAUCGGAGCAUUUAUCUUCAGCGCCACACUUGAACACCUCUCUUUCCUGUACUGUCCCGUCCUGUCCUAUCCCGCCAUGUCCUGUCUCCACCAAACAGAUCCGUAAGAGGAGACCUACACCAGCUACCCAUGUCAUCUAUCUUCCACCAGACCUAACUGCAGCAGAUGACAAGUAUCAAGGAGAGGUCCAGAGUGCAGAGUUGUCUCCUGCUCAGAGGAAACACAGCGUCUACUCUCCACCCACUAUGAAAGGCAGAGAGUCCACAGACUGCUGUAGAGGCCACAGUGAGGACAGAGACAGCCUGCGUCCUACCAGACUGCCCCAGUCCCACACAGACACACUGGCCCUGUCAGAUGAGCUAUCAGGGGAUCUGACACGACUGGCAGACACACCAAGGCGCAAAGACACCCCCUACCAACACCAGCCUCCCUUUACUCCAGGGGUCAAGCUGCUCAAGACCACAUCAAAAGUAUCCUUCCCUGAGGAGGAGGAAGAGAAAGAGGAGGAAGAGAAAGAGGAGGAGGAAGACAAGCAGAAGAACCAAAGUGAAGAGGAACACAAACUGUAGAUCCAUGUUUCUGUUGGUUAAAAGUUCAAACACAUGACAGGGUUAAGAACUGUUGGUUAGAAAUGUAUCUAAACUUGAUCAGGUUAUCAUUUCUAACCUGAUAAUCCAUUUUAUUCAGCCUUGUAUUGUUGAGAUCAAGAAAGGACAAUUUAAUUAAGUUCUCUGUAUCUCAAACUCUUCUUUUAAGUCUUGGUUAUGUAUGGUUGAUUAUUGUUAUAUAUUGUAAGAAGAGAGUAUGUGGGGAAUAUCAACAGCAAUUCUGACUGAUAAGCAGUUAAUGUUCACUGGAAAUAUACAGAUUUUAGUUUUCAUUUUCUCAUAAAAGAAAAUAACAUCUACUUCUAUUUUUGGCAUCUCACAUUGUCAUCUCAUAAUGUAAAAACAUUUGCUGAUAUUUCACAUAUAUUUUUGUAGUAUUUUAUACUGAAACUGGGCUUUUGUGCAUACAGUAUAGCAGACUUGUGUACUACAGUACUCUGAGGUAUGAACAAAGAUGUCCUGCAAACAAGGGUCUUCUCUGGAGUUCUGGAGUGUCUUAAGUCCUAAUAAAGUUACUCAUUUUAUGAACACUUGGCGAAACCUGUAUGUUUUUUUCAACAUUCAUUAUUGUACAAAAAUGACAAACAAAUGUCAUUUCUAAAGCCUCAUCGACACGUAAAACAACAUCUGUUGCCAAACCCUCUCUUCUGAAUGGCAGGCAUCAUUAUUUUAGUAGGCUAACUGUUAUCUCAGCAAAUGAAUUAUGGGAAGAUUUCAUAACACAAAAUAAAAAUAUGUACCCAUA